GCAGUGGUGACGCCGACGCGAGAGCAGGAGAGGAGGAAGCUGGUGUAUUGCUGCCUGGGCGCGUUCGGGAUCCCGGCGUGCUUCCUGGCGCUGGCGUGCGUGUCGUCCGCGUCGAGGAGCGGGCGUGUCGCGGAGGCGUUUCGGGACGUGUCGGACGUUUGCGUCGUGCUCGAUGAUCCUCGUUUCGUCUGGUGGUCGUUCGGGUUGGUGACGUUGCUCGUGGUGGCCGAUGUCGUUUUCGUCGCUCUCGCGUAUCGUUUCAUGAUCGAGAAUGCCGGUGACGUUUUCCACCUCGCUCAAAGCCGCAGACGGACGAACGAGUACUUGUUGAACUUGAAAUUGUCCGGGGCGAUGGGAGGACUGUGGCUGGCGGGGAUCGUCUGCCAUUGCAUCGGCGUGCUCGAGGGUGACGUCGUCCUCAUCCUCGCAAGCAUCCCCGGGUUCUUCGCCUUCUACGUCUUCCUGAGGGGGGAUGCGGAGGAGGACAAGGAGGUCACGGGGUGGCUCGCUCGGUGUCGCCGCGGGGAAGCGGGGAGUCCAGACUCCGGGGAUGCCGGUUGUCGGGGAGGAUCUGCUCCGAUGCCACCGAUUCGAGGCGAUUCGCUCGUCGCGUCAGGCGGUGGAUGAGGAUGGAUGAGGGGAGGGCAAUCAUUGCUUCGGAUGAUGUUAUUAAAAGCGUGUGUUCAUUUUUUUUUAAUAUUAAAUAUAAUACAUUUUGAUGAAUAUGUUGAUGUGAUGCGUGUA